ACGGCCCAAUGCUACCAAAAAAGCGCAAGGCUGGAGUAGAAUACGAAAAGAAUUGGAAAAACAAAAGAAAUCAUCAUCAUCACAAAUUAUGCAUCGCGGCUAUGCUAUACGAUGCUACCAGCGUGGUGAUGCAUCAUCGCCCCCCGCUUUACCAGGUAUAAAACUUGCCCAAGAUCACCUCCUCCCAACCACAUUCCUCAUCAUCUAUCAACAUCAUCUCCUUCACCUUCUCCUCCUUCUUCAGUCACUCACAAAAACUCAAACUACAUUACAUCAUUACAUCAUCAAAAUGCUUCCCAUUGUCGCUGCUGCUCUCUUUGGCGCCGCCAUCGCCGCCCCCACUGGACCCGGCUGCGCUGCUCCUCCUCCCCCCCCUCCUUCAUCUUGCGAGAAGGAUGCCCUCAAGAUGGAGAGCUGGGACUUUCUCAACGCCAACUACAACUACAAGAUUGACCAGAUGACUCCUUCCCACGGCUUCGCCGAGGCCAUUGUCACCUUUGAUCUCGUCAACCCCAUCACCAAGAAGACUGUAUCUUGCAAGGGCGACGGCGUGCCCACUGCGACCUUCGAUGCACCCUUUACUCGCCCCGAUGACCGAUUCACUUGCACUGCCGAGGACGGCACCGUCGACAAAGACACCACGUUCAAGUUCCAGGCACCCUACUGGGGCAAGUACAAGACUGGCGAGCAGUUCAGCAUCACCGUUGAGCAGAACUUCCGAUGCCCUGGUGCUGAUCCAAGCGAGUACUUCAAGGCUACUGGUGCUCUGACGCUCCCAUCUGAGUUCACCUCUACCUGCGUCAGCAAGGACAUGCCCAACGAGAACUACAACGGCGACUCCAAGACCAGCUACGACAUCAAGACUGAGGUCUGUGGCCCUUACUCUGGCAAGAUCAAGACCACUUCCGUUUUCGGCAUUGCUUAAUUGUCUGUCUUUCGAUAAUGAUUCUCUUUACUGGAUGAGUUUACAAUGCAUAUAUAUAGAGACGGGUGAUGAUUGCUUUGGCAUACCCUAUACCUUUAGAUUUAAUUUAUAAUUACCUUUGAUACAGAC